AUUUACGUUGAACUUGUUCUCCUACAACCUAACCAUCGUCAUUAUCAUUAAUCUGCAAGCCAGUCCAAAUCUGUUACCGAUUCAUAUAUUCAAUAUUUGAUAUUCACAACAACCAUGCUCGUUCUCGAAUUCGACUCUGCAUGGCCUUUUAAUGUCAAUAUCUUAUCACCCGCACCACAAGGCUGGACGGUCAUUAAGAACUUCCUGGAGACUUCGCCUCCACUCCCAUUUCCGUUUUCACUUUCAUCUUCAUUUCCCCUUUCGUCUACGUCUACAACGUGGACCGAUGAGGACAGCUUUUCUUGUCUUCCGUCAGCAUUAUCUCAUACUGACAACGGCAACAACAACAAAGUCGAUACUACUACUACUACUACUACUACCCCGACGAGGAAUAUUCCGCCUCCUUCUCCAGAGGUUGCUUGGUUCCCUCCGGUAAUGCCACUUGAUAGUGCUGUCGAGGGUGUUUAUGUUCGUGCCAGUGAACCGUGUGCUCAGGUAAAUACACCAGAAAUCGAUACGGUGCGACUGGGGGAUGUAUGCUCAUAUCAUGACUUUUACGAAGUCUAUCACGAACGACGUUAUGAAUCUUACGAACCUCGCGGACCUUACGAAUCCACAUCGACGAAGACGACAGGCAGCGAAUCGGUAGAGCGUCCAGGCUCAUCCCCGUCUCUACCCCGAUCUGCAUCCCAUUCCGUAUCACAGUCCAAACGCAAACGCAAACGGACCGAGCGCGAAGGAACCACCGAACGCAUACGCCCCGAGAGCACCAAGCGCGCGAAUAGCCAUAGUACGAUUAUAUCAUCUAAUCCUUACCCUACACCUCCUCCCUCCUAUACCGCCUCGUCGUCCUCUCCCGACAGCCGGGGAGGAGCAGGAGCAAACGAACCUUCAGCGCCCCCGUCUUUGUUUUCUUCAUCUGUGUCAACUACUUCCCCGUCGUCACCAGAUAAACGUCGACGGACCCGUUACGAGGAUCAUUCUUCCCCAAGGCGUUCGAAACAUCUGAAUCAUCCGUCUACAUCUACACGUAUCUCGUACACUUCUUCGUCCAUGCACACCCCCUCCACAACGCGGUACGCUCCAUACAUCCCCGCAUGCACUGUGGGCUUGAUGGAGUUCACGAUCGACUUUUCACAUACCAAUAAUACGCCGAAGGACGAAGCGCGGUUCGUGAAACAAUGUGAUAGAGUGUGGGCUCGAGGAACAAGGAGGGAUGGGAGGAAAAACGUGACUCAGAGGGAUGGGAAAGUUGGAAGACAGGCAGUGGAAUUGCAGAGGGGGUUGCAGAGAAGGCUUUCCUUGACGUCUAAUCUCUGAAAUUGGCUGAAGGUGAUUGCGUCGGAAAGGCGUUCGUUGACAUGAAUGUAUACGACACGCCUUCGAUGACCUUUCCUGCCUCUUUGCAUCUUCCAACUCUUAGGCUCUCCUUCAUCAUGCAUCAUCUCUGACAACUUAAUCGCCGUCGUAUAAUCAUUCCCUAUAUUAUUAUCCACUUUACACAUCAGCCUAAACCCCUCAGCAACUCCAUUCCUCUUUCAUUCAGCGUAAUUAGAAUAAAGCUUCCAGUUCAUGACAUGAUGAUGUAGUCCAUGAAUGAAAGUACUUGUAUUACGGGAGAUGUUUUCGAAAAGGAACCUUCUGAAAAUACAUGUG